AUGUCGGCUGGUGUUUUGUUACUUCAAGAAAUAAAAAAAGAGAAAAAACCCUCAAACGGAAAGUUUUGCCUCUCAACACAAUUAUUUUCUAAAGGACUUCCUUUACAUUUUCCCUCCUUCACUAUAGCCCGUGAAAUAGACAAUAAUAAAAAAGUGCUCGAGAAAGCGAUCCCAAUUCUAAUAAAUCUCAAACAGCAUUCGUUGUUCAUCUGGGCGUAUUUAAUUUCAUUUUAUAAAGAAAAAUUAAGUGCUUUAUUACUGGGCCUGAAACAAAGUUGUUAUAAUAAUAAAAAAGAAGAAGUUUCCAACACAAAAACGAGAUAG